CAGCAGGAGCUGGAGCUCCCCCCACCUAGUGCAGAGUGGUUCAUUCCUCAGCUGCACCAGCAAACCGGAAGACCGGGCAAGCACCGGGUGCUGGCCAAGGUCCUCUCUCCACCCUUCCGCUGUGCAUCCCAGCAUCCCAUCACCUGGGCCCAGGUGAGCCUCUGAGCAUGCCGACGCUGCUCCUGAUCUGCGGGACCGCCGCCGCCGCCUUCUUCACCUACCUGGAUGGCUGGUACCUGCUGAGGAUGCCCUUGACUUACCUGUACGCCAGGUGGCUGCUACCCAGCAUCUCCGACCCUUUGAAAGAGCAGCAAUUCCACAGCUGGGUGCUACCCGCCGACUUGGACCUCCUGGUACACAUGAACAACGCGCGGUACCCCCGCGAGGCCGACAUGGCGCGUUGCGUGUACAUGGUCCGUUGCGGGCUCUUCCAGGCUAUCCGGGCCCUCGGGGGCCACACCAUGCUCUCGGCCUCCUGCUGUCGCUUCCGGCGUUCGUUGCACCUGCUGGAGCACUUCGUCAUCCGGACUCGCAUCCGAGGCUGGGACCACCGAGCGUUUUUCCUGGAACAGCGUUUCGUCAGCGCCCGGGAUGGCUUCGUUUGCGCCGUGUUGUUGGUGCGGCAACACGUGACGGGCACAACUCCGGGCACGGCGGUGGAGCAAGUGUGCAAGAGGAAGGUCGAAUCCCCAGCCCUGUCGGAAGAAAUCCAACAUUGGUUGAGGUACAACGAAGCCAGCAGCCAGAACCUCAGGAUGGAGAGUGAGGUCCAAGAAAAGAGCAAAGCCCCCUGAUGGAGCUUCCAGACCAGGCUUCCAUUCCCAAAGGAUCAGGCAGGAUUUGCCCAUCUCUUCUUUGCUGUGGGUACCUGAAGGAAAAGCUCGAAUGGCUGGACUUGAAGGUCCUCAAUACCCCCCAAUUGGCCACUUGGAUGGAGGGCAGGAGCACCCAAAGGCCCCGGACGGGCCGGCCAGAUGUCCAAGCAAUCGCUCUCCAUCAGGACUCAUGAUCAAUGCUCGUGUGUAGCCCUUGGCACCGCUUUAGACACAAGUGAAUU